CUAUGCUUCCAAACCUACAUAGUAGCAUUGUUCUAAUUGUCGACUGGCCAUGGCCCUCGAUGCUACUGCACUUGUUGCACUCAUUAUCUCUGUCAUUGCACUAGCCAUUGCGUUGGCUCAACUCCUCGCGCAAGUUGUUGGCACUGUUGAAGGCCACCGAAAGUGUCAAGCAUCUGUUAUGGGGAAAUGGAGCAAGCAUACCCACCGGCAUUGGCGUUGGACUCAAUUUCGCGUCGAAACACGUUUCAGUACACCCGAGAUUAUCCUUGCCUCUUACUGCCCCCCUAAAACAUCGCAUACAAUCGCGAUAACGGGGGAUAAGGAGUCCCGUACUGAAACGCUUGUCCCGGAAAAGGAUGGUAAUAUACUCAAUCCGAACGACGAGCUGGUCUGUUGGGUACCUCUUCUAAUCGCCUUGCACAAACACAGCGCUCCUAUAUUCGAGCACUUAUCCACCGCUUACCAAACCAACCGAGCAUCUCUUUCACAAUUAAGGUGGCCCGCCAUUCGCAGAAGGAAGCGAUCAUGGGACUUUAUGCCACCUGAUAUUGCACGGCCUUUCGCAACCACCUCAGCAUCUGACAUUGCAGUUCUUGCUUGCCGCAUGGGUGUGGUGUGGAAAGAAUUUCGGCCUCCAGAGGGUAUCAUGCAAGGACAAGGCGGGGAGCAUAUGUUUGCGGCUGUGAAUGUCCGUGGACUUGGAACUUUACUAGGCUACACCAGAUCCUUUUACGGAAACAGCCAAAUCUCUCGAGGUGAUAGGGUACAAUCCACGUAUAAGAAGUGGAAACUGAAGUGGAAAAAGAUGAGAAAGAGUUCAGGAACUGAUCAAGAGAACGGAAAAGAAGAGAAGGAGGACAAGGAUGUUGCUUCGGUUCCCCUUCCAAUCAACCUAUGGGUAUGCACUCCGGACGCGGAUAGGAUGUGGUUUGGUAUACUUCCAGGAAAUCGAGACUUGUCUCUUCCUACCUUCAAUGUCGGCACCAAUGACGAUGUUAUUGCUACUCUCCAAAAACUUGACCCCGAGGGCGUCGCAGUGCGUCAUCUUGGACAAAUGCAAGCCCGGCAUCAUGGUUACCUUCAUGGCUUCUGCGAUAUUGUGCCCAUGUUCGCACCUUGGCUGCGCAAGCCAGCCUCACAAGUCAACUGCUACCCCAAGCCCCUAGGAUCCGACCAUACCUUAGGAUUGACCUGGUAUUGUGUAGCGUACAGGGUCUUCUACGAUCAGCUUGUCGGAUACAACAAUUCUAAAGGGACGACUCAGACUCACAAGAUCGCACGACUCUACAAGAACCUGAAUAGAAAAUAUAAAGACGAGUGGGACGGUAUCAGCGCCGGGUUGAGAGACCGUCCGAUCGAAUAUUACGACGAGCUAGAGACCCUUUAUAAGGACACUUCCGAUUAUUUCCAGGGAAAUCUACCGGAGGAGGAUUAUGCGCACGGCCAUAAAUGGAACCCGAGGCACUACAUAGAUCUCGUUACGGCCCAUCUCCGAGAGGCACCCAGAUCCUACCCAGAUGCCUUGUGGGCGAUUGAGAAUGGUCGUGGUCAUGGGAUACCUACGGGUGGAGACAGAUACUGGAGAGGCGAAGCAAUGAUGUACUAUUGGUUUUACAUGCCAGACUACGUUCGGGUCAUGACGUGGGGAACAAACAUCAAUGCAGACCUUGUGGAGGAAGCCUGGAUCACGUUGGUUUUCCGGGCGUUUCUGUGGAUGCGUGCUCACAUACCAUGUGAGAAUCCACACCCACUUCCCUCUCAAUACUAUGGCAGUCGACUACCAGUUUUCAUCGGCUAACGAUCGACCACGACUCGCGGCUAUAGGUUUCUUGCCUGGUUCGACACAUAUCUUCUAUUAAAUAUUUGUUCAAAUGCAAGAAAAUGAACUUGUAUAGAUACUCUGCAUAAGGGGUAGAAUGAAAAGUAUCCUCUUCUUAUUACAUGUUUUAGUAGCGAGCAGAUAGCGGUAACGUAGGGUUAUAGUUACUUAAAGUACGCCUCUUUUGCCUUAGCAUGAAGGGUGUCUUGCUACACAGGGAAGACAUUAUAAUUACAUGGAGGAUAUUUCGAAAGCG